CCCGCAGCUCGCACUCGCCUCCUUUGUCGGACGCCCUUGCAGCCUCGCUCAGUCAGGAUGGAUAAUCAGGUGAAGCUUGCAGUCGUGGAGAAGGUGAUUGGUCGAACAGGGUCCAGGGGUCAGGUGACCCAGGUGAGGGUCAAGUUUGUGGAUGAUCAGUACCGGCUCAUUAUGAGGAAUGUGAAGGGACCUGUCAGGGAGGGAGAUAUUCUCACUCUGCUCGAGUCUGAAAGAGAAGCAAGGAGGUUGCGUUAGUUUGUUUCUUCAAACCGUCUCAGCUCCUGUUAGGGUUUA